AUGAACAUCCUUGAAAGGUGUCUUGUUCUCUCUGAUGAAGUUGGUUUAAAUGCUUUGAAAAAUACCAACGAAUUUACUUCCGAUUUACAAAAGAGUGAAAUCUUGUCAUUUGCUAUUGAUAUUUUGAACGGAAAUUACAAAUCUGAUUAUCAUCCUUCCAUCUUUUCAUCAAUUUUUAAUCCACUUGCUGAUUUAGAUGAAGAAGAAUGUAAAAAUUAUCAACUCGUUAAAUCACUCUUAACAGGUGAAAUUAAGAAUCCUGAAUUUUUAGAAAUUAAGAAUGAAUCAAAUUCAUGUAGAACUUCAACUUUACAAAAAUAUGCCAUUUCAGAAUUAUCUAUAAAUGGUGAAUCAGCAUUUGCAGUUACAAUAAUUCCACAUUAUUUAUUAAUUGCUAAAUGUUUUCUUGAUAGAGAUGAUAUUUCAAACUUGGAAACUUAUGAAUGGUGGAAAUUUAGAGUUAAUAUUACUCAUCAAAGAUUAAUGAGCUAUUUUACUGAAACAAUUUUAAAUUCAGUUUCAAAAUCAUUUGAAUAUCUUGAUGCAAAAUAUCCAAUUGAAAAAGUUACAGAAGAAAAUGAUGAAUUAUUUGCUAGAUAUUAUAUUGAAAAGGGUCUUGUUGAUUAUUACUUUAGAAGACAACGUUUUGCUUAUCAAAGUUUUGAAAAAGCUAAACAAGCAACUGGUUUAUAUAUGAAUGUAACUGGUAAAUUUGGUGUUAAAACUAAAUAUCAACAAUAUAAGACUGCUCAAUUGGUUUUAGAAGCUAAGAGUAGAACUUCCAAACCAAAAACAACUGAAAGUGAUCUUUUACCUGAAGUUGUUAAACAUUAUGAAGAUACUCACUUGUUGGAAACACCAAAUAUUGAUUUAACUGAUGAAGAAGAAAAGGAAUUGACUUUAUCUUCUUUAAGACCUGUUGAUCAAGCAAUUAUUUUGGCCAUGUGUAUUGAUAUUAAGAAUACAAAUCCAGAUCACGGUAUUACACAAGGACAAAUGAUGCCAUAUAUUAACAGAGUUAUUGAAAAUCCACAAAAUUGGCUUAUUCAAUCAACUGCCUUAUUAUUAAGAGCAAAGAUUCAAGCAGAAACUGUUGGUACACUUAUUCGUAGUAUUGAACAAAUGGAAAAACUUGUUUCACAAUUACAAAAUCCAGAACCAAAUAUGAGCACACGUCUUAAAUAUUUCUAUUGUCUUGGAUAUCCACCAAUAUUUGAAUUACAAAGAGAAUUAGCAUUUAUUUAUACUAAAUCAGCAUUAUUAGAAUCAGCACUUGUCAUUUAUAGAAAAUAUGGAAUGUUUGAAGAAAUGAUGAAAUCUUUCAUUUCACUUGAUCAAGAAAAUAGAGCUAAAAGAGUUGUAAUUGAAAAGGUUAUUGAAGAUCCUGAAAAUCCACUUUUAUGGUGCAUGUUAGGUGAUUUGAAACGUUCUGAAAAAUUGAGACAAGAAUAUCAUGUUGAAGGUGAAGAUGAAAUUCUCUCCAAAUAUCCAACUUGUAUUGCAAUGUAUGAAAAAGCUUGGGAAGUUUCUGAACAUCGUUUUGCUAGAGCUAAACGUGCUCUUGGUUUUUAUUAUACUGAAAUUAAUCAACAUGAAUCUGCAAUUCCAGAAUUUGAAGCUUCUUUAGCUCUUUCAAGUUUAUACACUUCUGCUUGGUUUAUUUAUGGUUAUUGUUGCAUGAAAACUCAAAAUUGGAAGAAGGCACAAACUGCUUAUUCUAAAGUUGUUCAACAAACUCCAGAUGAUGCUGAAGCAUGGAGCAAUUUGGCCAAUGUUCAUUUACAACAAGGUAACAAAAAAGCAGCAUUCUUAGCUCAACAAGAAGCAGCUAGAAUUGCCUUUGAUGGAUGGCGUAUUUGGCAAAAUUACUUGUAUAUUUGUAUUGAAGCUAACGAAUUUGAUUGUGCAAUUAGUGCUGUCAAGAGAUUGGUUGAAAUUAAGCAAGAUAAGAAGCUUGACACUGAUGUCUUGUUCUUAUUCUUGAGAGUUUUCAAGAUUUUAUUAGAAAAAUCACCAGUUCCACAUGGUGAAAGAUUGAAAAAAGAAUUAUCUGACAUGUUUGAACAUAUUACUAAUACUAUUUCAUUGGAUCCACAUAUUUGGAAAGCUUAUUCAGGAUAUUAUGAAAUUUUGGCAGAUUCUGUUUUGGAUGAACAUUCAGAAGAAAAGAUUAAGUAUUUAGAAUUGGCAGUCGAAAAGAGACAAAAAUUAGUUAGAAGUUUACAAAUGUCAGGUUGGGAACGUGAACAAUCUAAAUUUGGUUUUGUUGCAUUCUCUGUUUCUGAAUUAGUUAAAUUACAAAUUCGUGUUGCUUCUUGGUAUAAACAACAUGAUAAGGAAGAUAAGGAAGUUUCACAUUUAUCUCAAGCUGAAGAUUUACUCAAAUCUGUUACAAAACGAUCACAAGAAGUUUUCAAGAAUACUGAAGAAUUUAAAGAAUUGGCUGAUCUCUUAGAACAAGUUCAACAAGCCUUAAUUUAA